GUUUGAGUGCAGAGCGCUAUACGGGCGGAUAACGUUAAACGAGGGCCGGCAUAUGCGAUGUAUUAUAUUAGAAACACGGAUCCUGUUAAUGUAAAGUUGUGCCGUUUCUCACAUGAUUGUCAAUUUGACGUGAACAAGUGCAGAAGACUCAUUUCCUGUGCUAAACUUUUCCAUAGUGGUGCAAAUUUUGUUCGCUGCAGGUGGUUUAACGCGAGAUUGACAUCACCUGACAAACAAAGUAAAAAGGACCACUGGCGAAAAAGUUGAUCCUUAUACAGAGUGUUUCCAGCUCUCUUACCCCCGGAGCCGAAUUCAAGAACUGAGUGUUAGAUUGACAUUUUUUUAUUAAUUUAUUUCUAGUUUUAUACGCUUUACGGUCGCAGAACCGUACACGUUUCUCUUAUUGUGAUUUAAUUUUAAUUUUUUUGAUAAAUUAAAAAAGUGAUAUUAUGUAUAAUUUAAACAUAAACUUGGCUCAAACCGCCGCGGCGGCAGCCAGCAACCUCCUGGUGGAGUCCACGUGUACCACACCCAGAACCCCAGAGAUUUUGAAUUCCAUAGUUGCCAUGACAAACCCACUAGACACAGCUUUUGGUUGCUCUGCGAACCAAUCGCCCAAUAACCGAGUGCCUAGCGGCCCGCUAACGAACCUUAGUUCGGACUCGAACAGCUCACACUCGAGCCAAGUCGAAUCGCCGACCACGAACAAUCCGCCCAGCGUCCAGCACACCUGUUCGCAACUCAUCAAAGCCGGACUCAAACUUUCGAUCGAACAAAAACGAAAACACCAGAGCAGCGACGGCGAAGACCUUUUGGACAUGGACAAGAUCAAGAGGAUCAAGAGGACCGAAAGCGAGUCCGACGAUGACAAGUUCAAGCAUGAGCAUGGCAUGCAAAAUGAAAAUGGAAUUUGGUAUCAAUAUGAUGUAGAUUGUUUGACCCCCGAAGACGAAGAACGCAGACGGCGCAGGCGCGAGCGAAACAAAAUCGCGGCGACCAAAUGCCGGCUCAAAAAACGCGAACGCACCGCGCUGCUGAUGACGGAAGCGGAAACGCUGGAAAGUCAGAACGUCGACUUCAAAUCGCAGCUGGCGGACCUGCACAAGCAAAAAAAUCACCUCCUCGGCGUCCUCGACAGGCACAGGCCGCAUUGCCACCACAACAUACCUCCUGCGACGAGGGAUUCCUUGUACAAGUUGCCGCCGGUUUCUUCCGUUAUGGAGAACCACUCGUACAGCAGACCUGCGUCUGGUGACUCCUCCUAUCACCCGAAUUACUAUAACAACUGUAGACCUGACAAUAACAUGAAUAACUACCAGAGGAACACUUUGACCACCUACCAGAAAACCCCCAGCAUAAUCGUGGAGGAAAUUUCGGAUAACUUUGAGAGUCACUUCACUGAUCUUGAUGAUUAUUCCUUCAAUCAGUGUCAUAACUACGCAAGUGGGCAGGGUUAUGGUACUUCGGGGCUUGACAAUGGUUGUAUGGCCUGAAUUUCGCAAUCCACUGUGUAUUUGUACCGUCUACUUGUACCUUUAACUAUGAUUGUUUCGAGUUUUAUGUUUUUGAGGCAGGUAAGAAAUCUAAGAUUUUAAAACGUCCAUCAAGACAGUAUUUUGAUUUAUUGCAUAUCAUGUAACAUGUUUAAAGAAAAUGGCAAAAAUAUUAUUUGAUCUGGAGUUGCAACAAAGGAAACCUUUUCUUAUUUUAUCAAAACAGUUUAUUGAUUAUUUUCUUGUUUUUUAGUACCUUUAGUUAUUAAUGACAAACUUUUUUCGGGCUUAGUAGAAUAAAUAAAGGUUUUUAAAAUGAAAUGAAAGCAAAUUUGGUUUCAACAGGAUAUAAACUUGGAGUGGAUAAUAAUGAAACUUUAAGAAGCUAU